UUAAAACCACACAAAAUUUAAUACCCUAGAUUAAAACAGACGAUGUAUAGAGAUAAACAGAUUUAAAAUAGAACAUUAGUUCCGAAUUAAAACAAAUUGCAUGGUAACAAACCAACCGCCACGUGGUACAAUUGCGUCAACAAUGACGUCACACCACAUCAAUGGAAUUAUAAAGGCGUUGGCUCAAGCCCAGGUAGACGAUUCCGCCCGACUCGUUCAGGGAGAGCAGAGAGGUUGGCAUCUAGAAACUCACCGACUUAGCCCGUCAAUAAUUAAUGAUGGCUUCUCGCCGCGGGUCCAGAUGCUUCCUAUUGAAGCGACUUCUUCUCGUAAUGAUGUACUCAGCUUGCGGUCUUCAAAAUGUUGCCGGGCAACAUUUAUGUGGAGAAUCAAGGACGCGUUGUUCAGUUGGCUGCUUGGAUAUGGGUUCGACAGGAAGAGAGUUGUGCCGAUGUGACCCACAGUGCGCCCUCUACGAUGACUGCUGUGAAGACUACUGGACCAACUGCGUCAAUGAGUCAUCCUCGGAGUCUCGCAUCAGACCGAUACUCCACUCCGAAUACUCCGAAUACUUCGGCUGCGUCUCCCCCAUCGAUAUCGACUCCUUCUACAACCGCUUCGUGGUGGUCGAUCGGUGCCCUCUGGAUUGGCCUCAGGGCGUCACCAAGAGUCGAUGUGAGAGCACAACACUGUCGAGGCAGGAGAAACUCCUAACGCUGUUUGUCAACGGUCCUGGUGACAUUGUCUUCAAGAACGUGUACUGCACCAUCUGCCAUGAGAUCCAGGAACAACAACUGCGUCCCUGGACUGUGGAACUUUGGCGUUGUCAGCCAGCUGAAGGGGAGAGUCGACCGGUCCAAAUCGGCGGCAAUCCAGAUUACACCACCUGUUCAAAGUUCCGCAUGAAACCUCCCUCCUCAAUGCUGUAUCACCCUCACCGAUGCUACCCCAGUUUCGUCGACAGUUGCCCAGCCAACACGACCGCCCAAGCUGACCAAGUCCAACUCUGUGAAGACUACACCUCCUUGCUGUUCCACAAAUACGCAGAUGUCGUCUACAAGAACGUUCAUUACUUGAAUUGUAGCAGCAGCGGCUCUUUAGGCAUCCAUGAUGUGUUUUGUAAACCCCGAACCGGAAUUAAUGAUAGGUUUGACCCCAAUCGCUCAUUCACCCUCCUCUUUGACUUUACGAGUCGCACGGUACACAGCGUGACGAACGAAGGCACAACAAGCAGGACCCAUUCCACACCAGCACUAAUAAGAAACUGCAGUCGAUGGCAGAUCUAUGAUCCCUUCUUAGACAUCUGUCAGGAUUUGACUUGUCGUGAUGGGCAACCUCCUGAAUCAUCAUCAGGCAUGUGUUUGGACGCACAGCCGAAAAAGGCAUUAGGACAGUCCAACCUGUCCGAGGAUUGCCUAGAAAACUUGAUUGCUAUGAACAGCAGCGAGAUGUCUACCAGCACAGACCUUUGGACGAGUGCAGACAUCGUAGAUGAAGGUUCAGACAGCCCACGCCACAUUCUAAACAUCUACACGAGUUUCGCUUUAGCUGAUCGCAUUCAAAAUGCUCUUGAUCUAAAAUUGUCCAACGUCACAGACGCAGGCAGCUUUGCUUCCCUCUUGUGUAGUAAGGCAUCCUCGGUGAUUCUGGUAGCUUCAGAUCAAUCUGAAACCCAUAAGGAGGGAAUCUGCGAAGGAUUUAGCUUUGGCAAUAUCAGCUUCUCAGACCUGUUAGUGUUGGACGGCGUUUUCAGUGUGAACAUUGGUGGAUUUGUUUACGACCAGCACGAGUUCAUGCAUGAAACGGAGUACUUCUUUGACAUCAACGACGCCAGCGUCAUCAGACGUCAGUCUGUCACGCUAUGCAAUCCAUUUGUUGGAAGUCGUCGUUGCUCUCUCCUCAUUUUGUAUCCAGACGAUUUCUUCCAGUCAACGGAUGGUGGCGCCCUCAUCCACGCUGAGACUGGUGUUCCCUUCCUUGUUGGCGAGUACUGGCUGCUACCAGAUGGCACAGUGCGAGUGUGCCAGAUAGUGUGGUCUCACGUUUUGGCCUAUGUCAGUUAUGUUGGCACUUGUUGCUCUGUAUUUGGUCUUAUCCUAGGCCUUGUGACGUAUGGUGUAUUCCCGAGUCUGCGCAACACGCCAGGUAAGAUCGUUAUGAAUCUCAUGGGGGCGCUGUUGAUGGCCCAGGUAUUCCUGAUGUUUGGUACGGAUCCCCAGUCUUGGUUCUGUGUCCUGCGAGCCGUGUUGCUGCAUUUCUGUUGGCUGUCUGUCUUCUUCUGGAUGAGCGUCUGGUCCUGUGACUUGGCCUACAAUCUCAAGUGCAAUGUGAGGCCCGCACGCCCGUCGAGACGGGGUGGGUCGGAGGGCUGGAAGGUCCUCAAGCUGUCGGCCUUCGCUUGGGGUUUACCGGCUGUCAUCGUGGUGUCUUGCUUCUUAGCGUCCCAAUUCAGUAACGACCGGCUUGGAUGGUUCCAGUACGGUGGCAGCAGCUGCUGGAUCGUCGUGCCAUUUCACUCUGCGAUUGUAUUCGGCUCUCCUAUCGCCUUGUCCAUCGCUGUUAAUGUGGCGAUGUUCGCCUUCACGAUCCACACCGUGAUUGCCAACCAUCGGAGGCUUGUCGCAGCACGUAUGGCGAAGCAGACCAAGACCACCGUUCUCAUGUGCUUCAAGAUCGGCAUGGUCACCGGGGUAACAUGGACUUUUUUCAUCGUGGCCAACGUGGUCCGGGAGCCUGCCUUGUGGUUCAUCUCGGUCCUCGCCAACUCCCUGCAGGGCGCCCUCAUCGCCGCCAUUUUCCUCCUCAGGGCCAGCGUGCGCAAACUCUGGCGGGAAAAGCUGGCGCGGGCGUAUGCGCGCGCGCGUGCAUGCCGCCGCAGCUGCUGCCGCCGUGGUGCCGGUGAUGAUCAGAAACGCGACAGUGACAUAUGCUUAUCUUCCUGUUCUGGCAGCCUAGACAAAGGGGGCGUGGCUAUACAGUAGAGGUGGGGUCGCCGGAUCAAAAAGUAUCCAAACCUUUUGACACCUUGUCGACCACUCCCAGAACAUAAGCUUAAUUUGUUUUCGCUUGAGCGCAGACAGGGGUACCGUAGCAUGCAUGUGUAUUCUCAAUGAACUGUGAUUAUCUUUGAAAUACAUGUUCUUCUUCAUCUGCUCGUUCUUGUGUAUUUGUAUCUUCCCGUAAGUGUUCAGUGGUUUCAGCAGCUUGUUAGGGCAGUCUGGUUCCCAGACCAAAAUAUGUUGACUAUUCUUACACGGCACCAUGGGCGUCAAUCUGUGGGAGAGGGGGGGGGGGGGACAAGUCCCCCACUUUUUCCUGCGGGGGUAUCAUCGUUUGCCCCCCUCCCCCACACUUUUUCCGUCCCCGAAUAAAACUUGUAGCCAACAAAAGCUCAGAAAGUUGGUUCAAUGACUCCAAACUGGAAAAUAAUGUUUAAAAGAUGAUCUAAGUGGUCAAAAAAUGUCUUCAUAUCGCACCACAGAGCGUCUACAAUCCAAAAAUUGUUCGGGCCCCUUAAGCGGCCCAGCCAGACCCUACGCCGGUAUGCCCCCACACUUUGGAGAAGCGAUUGACGCCUUUGCACGGCACCUGACCAAAACAUUCAGGAUCCCGCCCGUUUCCGAAAUUGUCCGGACUUAAAUUUACGUUGACACUUGGAUAUGUGUUGGCGAUAGUUCGGGCAUUUCCGGUGUAAAAUAGUUUUUAUUUACCAACAAAAGACCUGUCAUGCUUGCCAUCAAUCUUGAAAAUUUUGAUUUCAUAAAUGCAUGGCUUUCAUUUAAGAAAUUAAAUGCCAGGCGUAUUACCCACGUAUCCAUUGUAAAAUGUGAAAUGUUAACGUUGGGUCGCAACUCAAAUAUUCACUCGUAUGAGGCCGUGAUGAGGGGCGGGCUUUGCAGCUGUGUCAUGUUCAAGUUUUGAAUGCGAUGGUUACCUGACCCAUGAUAUAGCUAUUGUGGGACGUACGUCAGGGAACCAGAUUACUUGUAAGAGCUAACUCAAAAUGCAUAUUAGUGAGGUACUUCGCUAUAUACAAUUUUUGGGUGCACGGACCCCUACAGCAAUCUCAACUCCUCUUUAGGAUUUUGUGUGGUUAACAUAAUCCGUUUGAUAACUCGACGUUUACAGUAUGUUCUGUUUGUCUUCAGGAGACAGGGCUACCAGGUACGUAUGGCUUGAGAGGGAUCCUCAUUGGUACGGAUAUAUUAGUAUAGCGUAACGUAUAUAUCAAUAAGGGAAUAAAUGUGUGUUU